AUGCAGGCCACUCCAUUUGAUGGUCCAAGGAUCACACCUAGGAAUUCUUCUCCACAUGCGAAAUACGUUUCGAAGCCCUGGCGGCUGAUGACAGCUGCUUCGGCUAUUUUACUGCUCCUCGGUUAUCUGAUUCUCCCCGUGGUCUUCAGCGAUGCGGACGAUACGAUACGAAUUGAUCAAACCGCAUCGACCGUUUUCGCCUUGUUCUUCAUCGGGAUAGGCUAUACUGGCUCCAUAGCCAUCGCCUUUUUUCAGCGCCGGAAGAAGAUAUUUCUGUUGCGUUCUGUCUUCGUGCCCUACUUGACGAUCAACCUUUUGUCCCUAUUCAAUGUUAUUUUCAACAUCCUUGGUCGUGGCCUUGUACCGCUCAGCGCACUCCGAGUUGUUGGAAUUGGACUUCCUAGUACAUUCUCUGUGAUAUACGGACUCUCGGCAUUCUUGAUGUAUCGCGAAUACAGUCCUCACGACGAACAGGGGGAAGACGACACCCCUUUACUAGUACGUGUCAAUCCAGAAGAUCUGACCCGGACACAGUUGCGACGGCUGUUAGAAGAGAGAAACUCUGGUGCCCCAUCCCCCGAUAUUGUUCAUAGCACCUAUCGAUUAGAUUUACCCGGUAUGGAGCCUCCGCAGAAGACUUGGGAUCGGCAAUCUAGCCCGCCAACGUCCAGAACAUGGAGUAGCACGGGUCGGACGAUGGCUUGA